AUGACAGCAGUUCCUUCUGUACCAUUCCCCGCCAUGGAAUUUCCCGCUGUGGAAGACUCUAUGGAGAUGGCCUCGCCCUACCAGGGGCAGGUCGACGAUUUUGACAUCGACAUCGAUUUCAUGGAGGACCAUGAAAAAGUCUCCAAUAUGGACAGUGAUAUGAUGGGUGCCGAGGAAUACACCAACGCAUCCCAGCCUACCGAGUUCAACGAGACGAUACACGAUGCCGACAUGGCCGAUGAGCCCUCCGAGGGGUCGAUGGUCGAUGCCGACUACGUCGACCAAGACAACGAUAUUGAUGUGAAUUUUGGGGAGGAGACGUACGAAGCUGAGAUGAUUGAAGACGAUCAAGUCGAAGACGUUGAUAUUCCAGUCCCUACUAUUCAGUUAGAAACCACGACCGCCAAUGAAGACACCAGCAAGCCCAACGAGGUAAAUGAAAGAGUCUCAGUCAUGGCCGAGCAACCUACACUGGAAGUACAGGAAACCCCGAGUGCCCCUGCCGAAUCUCAACACGAUCAAGUUGAGCCUCAGAUACCUGAGACUCAGGUCCCUAGCACCGAAGCCGUGCCCACCAAGGAUGACGGCCUUGCCCAGAACCCGACCGAAAAUGUCACUACGACCGAAAAUGUCACUACGACCGAAAACACCGACGAUCACGAAAACGCCGAUCUUGGCCAAGAGGUGAAUGAGGCAGCAACCACUUCUGUCUCAGCGACCGAUAAGAAUCUUGAGGCAACUGAAGGCCUCGAGACCACUCAAGUCCAGGCUUCUCUUGAAGAGCCCCAAGCUGCUACCGCCGCAACCGCCGCAACCGCCGCAACCGAGCAUGCUGAGACACAGCCUUCGCAUGAAGGAGAGGACCACGCUGAGCAUGGAGAUGAAUCUUUACAUCCGGUGAAAAUCUAUUAUCAGGACAAUGAAAUUGCUCUCUUCCCCCUCUGGAGGGUGAUUCAGCAGAGACAUUCUUCCUUCACGAUGAAGAUGUGGCCUAUGAAAACAUUGGCUCUGCGCCUGGUGCUCCAGGGUAAUGUGGCGGACAAUGAGGUCCUCAUUAUUGAUAUCGACGUGCUUGGUAUCCAAAUGACAGAGGACUCUUUCCACGCAUCCCAGGUUACUUUGCACCAGGUCGUGGACCUUUACCUUCGACUUUGUCAUAACGAUGGCACCACGGAUGCUGAAGCUCUCUAUCUAACACUAAGCAGCAAGCGCGCGUUCCCUGCUGAAAUCGCUGAUCUCCUCGACGCUGCAAAUGAAGGCAAGGGACUCUCCGGAAUUCACCCGUGGGCUGAUUAUGAUGAACAUGAGCCCGGUUCUGAAGAUGAUAUUGAAAUUCAUAAGACUGAGCAACAUGAGGAUGGAUCUUCCAGCGAAGAGGCUCAGCCAGAACAAUCAGACCGUGAAGCUAAGCUUGCUCUGUCCGGCGAAGAUCAGGCUCCUGCAGACGGCGUGGGUCAAACCCAGGAAGACCGCCCCGAUGAUGACCAGAGAAAGGAUUUGCCGCAGGAGGAUAUUGCAUCUGCCGCUUCCCAGAAAGAGACGCAAGCUACACCAGAGUCUGACGCUCUUCAAGGUUCCCCUGAAGGCAAAGAGACUGAUCAGUUUGACCACUAUGAGCACUUUGAAGGCGAACAUGUGCAAGAAGAUGGUCCCCACCAUGAUGAUAAAGCUGAGACUCACGAUGAUCGAAAUGAAGAUCACUACGAUUCGGAAGGCCAACAGAGCGAGUCUACGGCCACUGUGGCCCCGCUUUCUGGUGAGACUGAGAUCACAGAGCUGAUCGAGGAUGUCUCUGCAGAUGCUGCGGAAGCCAACCAUGACCAAAAUGGAGAUGAAAAUGAUGGGUUCGACGCCGACUACUAUAACAACGAGGACAAUGGUUUCGGUGAUGACCAACAGAACUUCCAGGAUGAAUCUGCCGGCGAGGAUAACGAUGCUGGUGCUCAACAACCUGCUGGUCAUGCACCCGGUCCUGAUGGAGAUGGAGAUGAAUUAGUCGUGUCGGCAGAUGCCUUCGACGACGAAGGCUCUCACACUUCUCAUGACCAAGCGGAACCGACCUUAAAUGGUGCGCCACAAGACGCAUCUGGCAAGGAGCAAACCCCUGAUCAUGUAGAUGAUUUGCUUGAGAUAGCUCCAGACGUGCUGCAAAGCCCUGCGAAGGAUACCGAGCACGAACCCCUUGAUCACAUUGAGAGCGUAGACUCCGGCGAGCUUGAGCACGAACUCGCUCACAAUGAAGGUGCCGACGAGCAACAUUUCAAUAAGGACAACUUUGGUGAACACGACCCCAAGUUGGAAGAAUCCGAGGCAGUCGUGCUGGCUGAGGCAGACCAUUCCCCUGCGGAUUCCGAACCCAGCGCGAACCUGUCUGCCAAACGGUCUCGCGAAGACGACGACGAUGAAUGGGAUCUCGUGGAAACCACCAUUGACACCAAGCGCCGCCGGUCGUCGUAA